UAUUUCUCCGCCUUCGUCAAGCUUCGUCGACGCGGUCGGACUAUUUGCGGGCGGAGGUGAGUGAAUUGUUGCGAGAAAUGCGAUGCAAGGAUGUCAGGAUGAUGAUGACGACACUUGCCAAGUGCGCAGAUUGGAGGCUGCCAUCCUGGCACAGCACAACCACCUGAUAAGGAGCACGUCUACCUCGAUCAACACCCUCGCCGCAGGUCGGUCUGCUGGUCCCUACGACAUUGAGUAUCUCACCCUGCCAUCAGCAACGUUCCCGCUCUCCGCCCAGCCAAUUUGACGCGAACAUGACACGGAGAAUUGUCUAUGGCGUGUCGCUCUGGGUCUUCCUAGGCGCCGCCGCGUGCACCAUCGCUUCCAUCGCCCUUCCUGACUGGGUCAGCUACUCCUCGCCCGUCGAAGGCCAUGACCCGAUCAAAAUAUCAUACGGCUUACACAAGCGUUGCUCCUCCGUGACGGGGCAAUGCACCAAAUUCCCGCAAUACGAUGACUGCCAUGGCGAUGACAGGUCAUUUUGCAGCAUUUGGCGGACCGUAGGAUUCGCCAUGAACUUCAGCGUUGUCCUGCUUCUGGCCUGCUUGGUGGCAUAUGUGACAAUUCUAGUGGGAGGCCGAGGGACAAGAGAAGUAGGCUGGAAGAUCUUGUGCCCGUUGCUCAGUGUGGUAGCUUUGGCACAGCUCGUAGCCAUGUCGCUUGUGGCUGGGUUAUAUGAACAUGAUGCACGGUUCUUCGUUGGCUGGACAUUGGCAAAGUCGUUUAUCCUAUGCACCGUGAGCUGGAUCGUGCUGUUCGUCAAUGCCACGAGCGUGCUCGGAGCAGCAUUCUGCUUGGAGCCCGAGGACGAUUAUGAAAGAAUACCGUGAACGCAUACAGUCUUCAGCAAGCGAGACAAGGUAGAUUACGAUCACCAUCAAGUCCGGUCUCGCCUCUGAAAGGAUCAAGCAAACGACACUGGCCAGCAGCUGAGCAAUCCCCGGGAUCGCGUUGGACAGGAAACAAGGAAGCUGCAGGAUGAGUGUACGAAGAACGAAGGCGGUUACAACAGCUGGUCAGCAUCAGUGCGGCUGAGAGAGAGAAUCUAAACUCGGAUUACUGGACGAUAUUUGGCUGCUCGCCAUCGCUUUGUGCGAGGCAACGGACAUUCAAAUGAUACCCGAUAUAGACUAUCACCAUAUUGAUUGUUAGCAGAUUCAUG